CCCGAAUCGGCACGAAAGGAGAAGACGAAGACGAGAACCGGGAAUUUUAUAAACAAGUGCCAAGCGGUUGUCAUGGCAACGUUUACAAUGGCGAUUUUACAGUCAAUCACGUUUUCAGCAUGUGUUCAUCGACAAAGGUUUUUGGCAAGAGUUUCUCUGCCAAGUUUGCAAAGAUUCACUUAUGGAACAGAAUCGUUUAAGGAUGAAGAUUACGAUGCCCCCACAGCCGCACCAGAUGUGCCCCACCAAAUCUAUAAAGGAAUGCUCACAAAACAAGUCAGAGCUGUAAAAACUUUUUCCUUUGGUACUAGCUUAAUAGGCAUUGGUAUGCAACCUAUACUUUAUGAGCAUAUGUCUGCACCCGAAAGCAGCUUACCUCUAAUGGUUGCAAUUUAUUCAGCUGUUGGAAUAUUCACUUUUGUUACUCCAUUUCUCAUUCACUUUGUUACAAAGAAAUAUGUCACUGACAUAAUUUUUGAGCCAGCAACAAAGAAAUAUCAAGCAUCAGUUUACAGAUUUUUACCAACAAAAAGAAAGAUCAACUUCAAACUGGAAGAUAUAUCAGUACCUGAUGUUCCAGGAGCAUUCACUACACUUUGUGUGAAAAAUAUCCCAUUGUUGUGCAUCCCGAGUGACUUCCUGUAUCCAGAACAUUACAUCAAAUUCAUGGGUUAUGACAAACCUGUAGAUUAUCAGCUUAGUACUCCAAAGGAACAAAAUAAGGAAAACACCAAAUCUUAAGGAGGUACUUUGCGUAAAUGUAAUAAUAAAUUUGUUGCAAGUAAAAAACAAUACCACAGUGAGUUUUCAAAAACUUUCUUGUACUAUGUGAGGAAGUUAAGAUACAGUGACAAGUCAGAUUUUCAA